AUGUCUAGGCAAGAAGUGGGCGCCAACGCCUUCUCCUGGGUCGUUGCUUCUCGGCCAAGCGCGGCAGUGUCCCAGGCUCCGGAACGGAGGCCGGAGGGAGAGCCGAAUCGAAGAGGUCGAGGGGGCCGUCGGGGCGGCAGAGACAGCGACUGGAGGGACAUCUCCAACCUCCAGCAGCCUGUGGCCGCUGGUCCUUGGGAACCGCCGCUCUGCUUUGGAUUGAAGAAUGACUGGGUUGGCGUGGUGAUCGGUCGUGGUGGGUCAAAAAUAAAAGACAUCCAAAGUACAACAAACACCAAAAUACAGGUAAUAAAAGGGUGUCCUGAAGCAGAAAUCAAAAUUUUUGGUAGCAAGGCAAUGCAGAAAAAAGCAAAAGCAGUGAUAGAUAAUCUUGUUAAAAAACAACAAAAUUAUAACUCACAACCCAGAGCUGAUCUUGCUGAAUGCCAACCUUCUGUUCAAAGAGAUGUAAGGGCAGGUGACAGUGUUGUUACAGAAGAUCAGCCACUAAUUGAUUGGGAUCAAAUUCGAGAAGAUGCUUUGAAAUGGGAGGAAAAAAAGUGGGCAGAUUUACCCCCAAUUAAGAAAAACUUUUAUAUGGAGUCGGAAACAACAAGAUCAAUGUUACAAGCGCAAGUAGACAUUUGGAGGAAGGAGAAUUACAAUAUAGUGUGUGAUGACUUGAAAGAUGGUGAGAAACGUCCUGUCCCCAAUCCUACUUGUACAUUUGAGGAUGCUUUUGAGUGUUAUCCUGAAGUUAUGGAAAACAUUAAAAAGGCAGGUUUUCAAAAGCCAACACCAAUUCAGUCACAGGCAUGGCCAAUAGUUCUGCAAGGAAUAGAUCUUAUAGGAGUAGCCCAAACUGGAACAGGGAAGACACUGUCCUACUUGCUGCCUGGACUUAUUCACUUGGACUCUCAGCCAAUAGCUAACAAGAAAAGGAAUAGACCCGGCAUGUUAGUCCUUACACCCACUAGAGAAUUAGCUCUUCAAGUGCAAGCUGAAUGUUCUAAGUAUUCAUAUAAAGGUCUUAAAAAUGUUUGUAUAUAUGGUGGUGGAGAUAGAAAUGGACAAAUACAAGAUCUGACAAAAGGUGUAGAUAUCAUUAUUGCAACUCCUGGAAGACUGAAUGAUCUGCAAAUGAAUAACUUUGUCAACUUGAAAAGUAUAACCUACUUGGUAUUAGAUGAAGCCGACAAGAUGCUGGAUAUGGGAUUUGAACCCCAGAUAAUGAAGAUUUUAUUAGAUGUGCGCCCAGAUAGGCAGACUAUUAUGACAAGUGCAACAUGGCCAUAUGAGGUCCGUCGACUUGCACAAUCUUAUUUGAAAGAGCCAAUGAUUGUAUAUGUUGGUACUUUGGAUCUGGUUGCUGUAAGUACUGUGAAGCAAAAUAUAAUUGUCACCACAGAAGAAGAGAAACGAUCUCAUAUCCAAGCGUUCCUAGAGAGCAUGUCCCCCAGAGACAAAGUCAUAGUGUUUGUCAGCAGAAAAGCUGUCGCUGAUCACUUAUCAAGUGACCUGAUUCUGCGACACGUAUCAGUAGAGUCUCUGCAUGGCAACAGAGAACAAAGUGAUCGAGAGAAAGCAUUAGAAAACUUUAAAACAGGUAAAGUGAGAAUACUGAUUGCUACUGACUUAGCAUCUCGAGGUCUCGAUGUCCACGAUGUCACACAUGUCUAUAAUUAUGAUUUUCCCAGGAACAUCGAAGAGUAUGUGCACAGAGUAGGACGCACUGGAAGAGCUGGGAGGACUGGAGUUUCAAUUACCCUUAUCACUAGAAAUGAUUGGAGGGUUGCCAAUGAAUUAAUUAACAUUCUGGAAAGAGCAAAUCAGAGUAUCCCAGAGGAGCUUGUGUCGAUGGCUGAGAGAUACCGGGCAAAUAAACUGAAAAAGGAAGUGGAAAAAAAAUUAGGAAGACCCCAGGGAAAAUCCAAGAAGUUUUAUUAUUAA